AUGAAAGAUACACAAGACAUUCAGGAAGCUCUGGAGGCAAUGCAGAAUAAAGGCUAUGAACAGGAAGAUAAGAUGGAGAAACAAGAACAAAGAGAAGACAAACUUGGAACUCCCCCAGUAUAUUCUUUGGUACAUUUUUCUCCAAAGAUGAUGGGUUCGGUUGCCACAACACUGCCAUUGUCAUCUUCAUUAUCCAGUGGAAUGCCUCUUGGUUAUCAUCUGUCUAGUCCUCAGAUUAGUGGAGUAACUAUAUCAACAACUGGACAAUUGACUUCUAAAGCUACUGCAGGUAGCUUUUCCCGAGUGGAAAACAGUUUGGAUGCCAGCCCCUUCUUGGUUCCAAAGAAACAGGAUGAAUCACCCAUGAUUGGGGAUGGAGAAGAUUAUUUCCUUUCUCUGUUUGGUGAUUCAAAGAAAGUUAUAGCACACUCAAACUACACUCAGAAAACUUUAAAAUACUUUUCUAUGAUUCUUGAAGAAGUUGGCCAAUUUACCGCCAGUUCUCUUGGAGACAUUGAAAUAGCUGAAGUGAAUGUCAAGGGUUUGUUCGUGAAGCUCAUUAACUCUUCCCUUGACAAAGAAAUGGCAAUUGGAGAUCAUAUUCUCCAGCAAAAUGUGAAUGGACAAACCAUUUCUUUGUACCGAUUCCUUCCAAACAUUGUAAUGCAUGCCAGUUCCACAGUAACAGUGUGGGCAGCAGCAUCUGAAGCAAAGCAUCAGCCUCCAUCAGAUUUUCUUUGGAAGGAACAAGAGAAGUUUAGAGCAAGUCCCGAUUGUAUAACAAUCCUGUGCAAACCGAACGGUCAAGCCAUUGCCUGGUACACCCCUAUCCACUGGAAGCAAGCAUGGGAAAAAUUAGAUACUGACAUUGAAUUCAACAGAUGUUCAGUAGUAUCUCCAACAUUCCAGAAGCAUAUGUUUCAGUGGACUGCAUCUACAACUACAAUAACUAAAGAAAAACAAGAUCAACCUAAGGAAGAUAUCUCAAAUUGUCAGGUGGAACAAGCUCAAGUUUUUCUUAAGAGAGAGAAGGAAAUCCCACCAACUGUUUUCCCCAAUCGCAGCCCUUGGUGCCAGAAUCCUUAUGUCUCUGCACAUCCUUACUGUCCUCUGAUUGAACCACACAAUACAUCCACCGCUGGAGGCAACUUGGAUAGACAGCCCAGGUCUGCAUCAACCAGACCUAAUCGAGCCCCAGGGACUAAGAAAAAGAAGACAUCUGAGUCACAAAAGCAAUAAGCAGUCAACUCAACCUUUAAAGACUUUCAGGAUUAAGCAUUUCCUGGCCAAGAAACAAAAGCAAAAUCAUCCCAUUGCCCAGUGGAUUUGGAUGAAAACUGGUAAUAAAAUCAGGUACAACACCAAAAGGAGACAUUGGAGAAGAA